CGUCGGUGCCAUGAAGCGGGCGCACCCCGACUACAGCUCGUCGGACAGCGAGGAGCUGGACGAGGCCGUCGAGGUGGAGAAGGAGAGCGCGGACGAGAAUGGGAACCUGAGCUCGGCCGCGGGCUCCAUGUCUCCGUCCACCACGUCGCAGAUCUUGGCCAGGAAGAGGCGCCGAGGGAUCAUCGAGAAGCGCCGCCGCGACCGCAUCAACAACAGCCUGUCCGAGCUCAGGAGGCUGGUGCCCAGCGCCUUUGAGAAGCAGGGGUCGGCCAAGCUGGAAAAAGCAGAGAUUCUGCAGAUGACAGUCGAUCACCUGAAAAUGCUGCAUACGGCGGGAGGGAAAGGUUAUUUUGAUGCUCACGCUUUGGCUAUGGACUAUCGGAGUCUAGGGUUUCGCGAGUGCCUGGCUGAAGUUGCUCGAUACCUGAGUAUCAUAGAGGGUCUGGAUGCCUCUGACCCUCUGCGGGUUCGGCUGGUGUCUCAUCUCAACAAUUACGCCUCCCAGCGGGAAGCAGCGAGCAGCGCACACACUGGCAUCGGACACAUUCCUUGGGGCAGUGCCUUCGGACAUCACCCUCACAUACCUCACCCGCUGCUGCUGGCUCCAAGUGGGCAUGCUAAUACCAGUAGUACAGCCUCUUCCACAGAACCACAUCACCAGAGCAGAAUUGCUGCCCCACACGCUGAGACUUCCUCACUCAGAGUGCCCCCAAACGGCAGCGUCGGACCAGUGCUCCCUGUGGUCACGUCUACCACCAAACUGUCUCCUCCUCUCCUCUCCUCCAUGGCAUCUUUGUCUGCGUUCCCCUUCUCGUUUGGCUCCUUUCAUCUGCUGUCCCCCAACGUGCUGAGCCCAUCGACACCAACGCAGCCAGCAGCGCUCAGCAAACCCUACAGACCCUGGGGGACUGAGAUUGGCGCCUUCUAAGAGCUGACUCUUGAGCAAGGGUGGGAAAGCCUAUAAACCUGGCUGAGCUGGGUUAUGCCACCCUUAAAGUUGAAGUUCUUAGUAACUGGGACGAAGGUACAGCUUCACCUUAACUGAGUUUGUCUAAAAACUUUCUCAUUGGAUUUUUCUUUUUGUUUUCUACAUUUUUGUAUUAACAGGCUUGUUUUUUUUUUUUUCUUCUUAAUAGUUGCUGAAGUUGUCCAAAAAUAAAAUUACAAUAGUGGUUUGUUAACACUUGUUUAGAUCUCUGCUGAGCGUUUAAGUCACUUUUGUAAACAGUUUGUUUCAAAUGUUUCAUUUUUCCUGAGUACAUCAGACUGGCUUUUUAUGAAGAGAUACCACCUAUUGUUAGCGAUGGCCUAGUUUUUGUUAUUAAUUUUUCCAAGACCAUUCUUCUCAGCAUUUACAAGCUCUGUUUUUGUUAGUAUUUUGACAAUGAGAUGUUCUAUAAAGAAUUACUCCUUUUGUAAACUUUAUUUGAGUCUUAUAUUUCUGAGCAAAGCGUUGACAAAUCAGAUGGACCUGCUUGACCAGCUUUAUCUAAGAGCCCAAUCCCUCUUUCUUCCGAAGCCGUUUGGCAAUCUUAUUCUAGUUGCUAGUAGAUAUUUACUCACUUCUUAGAACCACUACACUAUUUCUUCCACCAAAAGGAGCAGUAUGAGUGGGGGGAGUGCAGAAGUCAAAUUACAGGCUGUAUUGGUGGUGAGUUAAUUGCUGGGGAAGUUAUGGGAAUUAAAGUUGUCACCUGCAGUGAUCUCCCAGCUGGAGCUGGUCACAUGCAUCUUCAUUUCAUAGGGCCAGAUCCUGCUUUGAGCUACAGUGGAGUACUUGUUCUGCUAGCCUGAAUUCUCGGGUAUCUGAGGUCAGACUUCUCUGUCAGCUUCAAAUUUUCAGCUGAAGUGGUUGAUGGUGAUAUUUAAAUAGCCAGUGGAAUGGUACAGUGGGAACCUGUUCAGUGCACAGCACUGAUGCUUAACAGAUGCAUCCUAACCAGCUGAUGUUUCUAUUGCGUUUUAGGUGCAGUUGAGUGCCACUCCUCAUUUUGUAAGGGUUCUGCUGUGUUCUUGUGUGCCUGAGAGUGUGUGCAUGUACAUAUAUUUUGCUUGAUUUCAUGAGAAUCUGAAUCUGAACAGGUUUAUUGAGUGAGUUCCACUGGAAGGGGUUUGCCUGCUCUUGUAUCUGUGUCCUGGCUAAAUAAAGGCGAAAGAACAAAGUAUUUUAAAUGACAUGCUUGUCUGAUAUAUAUCAGUGGAGAAUUCUAUGCCUGUGGGUGUCACAGGAGAUGUCCAACAAUUGCUGCUUAGUCCUGCUGUGGGCAUUUGUAUUUACUCUUUUCUCAGAUAUUAUGGCAUAUGUAGCUAUGCUAGCUGGGUGCAUGAAGAGCCACAGUGCCUUGGAGUAACAGUCAAGGGAAGGAAAAUGUAGGAUUUCUUUUGCACAUCAUUUUUAUGUGCCUGGCAGUGUGUGGGCAGAUAGUGAAGAUACAAAGGUUUCUGCUAAAGAGGAGGUUAAAGCUGCAUUGUGCUUGAAUAUUCUUAGUGAUUUGUAUUAACCUUAAAAAGUGGUCAUCUUUACAAAUAUGAAGUCCUUUUCUGUCUAACUCGCAAAGUUGUUAUCUGUCCUAUAGCUCUGGAAUGAGGUUUUGUACGUUACAGUGAAGUUCAGAUCACAUUCAGUCCAUUAGUGCAGAAUCUAGCCCAGGUCUGACUGAUCCUGUUUUGUUACUGAGUGGUACCACCAGUGUCUAACACCUUUGCUUGAAGUAAAAACCUGACAGGAUCACAGGCAGAUAGGUUUUCUCCUGAUGCAGUCUGUCCUACCUGCAGAACUUCUGGAAGUACUUUGUUUCUUUCCUGCACAUUUGAAUUUAUAGGAGGCUUGUUUUGGUAAAUGGCACAUCCUUGUCUGGAUUUAGCUGUGCCAGAAUAGCAGAAAGAACUCGGCCCUGUGGGAGACGAGAGCUUUGUUUAAAGACGGGCUCUCAGGCCAAUUAAGGAGUGGCAUUGAUGAGAGACUUUCUUGGAAGAGGGAUUGCUGUGAGGUUGGAAAGAGCAGGAGAGCAUUCAAGUGCAUAACCUUGUUUUACCUUCCUUCUGAGGCUGUAGGAGACCACUGCUAGAAAUGAAAUGCAAACCACUGUGGGAGCAAGAAAUACAUAGGUGUUAUUAAGGAGAGAUUAUAGAGCAUAGUAUUUCAUGUAGAAACCUGAAAUAAGAGGCUGUAAAAUUCCAAAUCCAGUUUCCUUUCACAGUGUGUAUUGUCUCCUGUUUAAUUACGCUUUGCCCUGUCCCUAACAGGUUUUUAUAGCAAAUUAACAACUCCUACCUAGAAGAUUGCUAUAGUGCAUGCAACUAUUCUUUAGAUC